AUGUCAAGACCCAGCAGAACCAAAAUCAAUAUUUGCUUAGCAACUUUAGAAGAAGGUUUUGCUAGAUUGAGAGCACAGGUCGAAAAUGGCCAGCCCAUACCAACACAAUUUCUUCAAGAAAGUCCACAAGGCGUGGUAAACCAUCAUGUGCACGCCCUUGUAGAAGACUGUGUUCGAGACAUCAAACGACCUGCUUUCUAUGUACAGCCCAGAAAUUGGUGUCUCUCAACAAAAAUGCUGAAAAGAGCCAUACAAGAGCAUUUGACUCAAGGUAACAAAAAUGCUGCUCAUGAAAUGUACAAAGUCGCAGCCAAGCUUGCCACGAAGUUAGUACAAUCAAUUUUCAUCAAGGCUCGUACAAACAACACGCCCAUAACAACAUGGGGUGCUGUACCAGACUAUACGAAAUCAAGGCUUGCUUGUAUGCUUGAAAGAAAAGCCAACAAGAGAAAUAUUGCUUUCAGAAGGUUUGAGACUUCUUGA